UUAAUACAAACCAAGAGCAAAUGCAAUUGACGAGAGAGAGCCAAAGUAAUGACUCAACAUCUCAUACAAUUUACGUCGAGCCUAGUAAUAUUAUUGGCAGUAUGGAACCAACCGAUUUGAUGGCAACUGUUAUCGCAAAUCAGAAUUUACUUCUUGGGAAUCAAAAUAGAAUUAUGCAAUCAUUGGCAAAAGUGAUUACACAGGUGUAGUAUCUUUUGCAAGCAUCCAAUGAAAGAGAAUUUCGUCAUGAUGAACACAUACAAAUUAACAUGGAAAAAGGAUUCGAUCCUGUUAAUUCGCUAGAUGAUUUGGACAAGCUGGAGGAUUCUCUCAAAGACGACAACAUCAUUGAGAAGUAUAUUCGCAGCAUGAGUUUCGUUUGUGGAACGAGCGGAAAGUGCAAUGGGUUAGACUGUUGCUAUAAAUUGGUGGAUUACUUCUUCACUCGCCAAUUAUUGAUUUUAUGUUCCUGGACUGGAAGUUCCAGGAAACCAGUAAAGAAGAAUAACUCCGAUCUAGCCAGGUCUUCGUUUGAGGAUAAUGAUAAGAUUGCGUUAAAAUUUUACAAGAAAAUUCGUGCUCUUUUUCUCAAAUUGAUCGUAUUAGCAGACAGAGAUUUUUCGGAAAUCAACUGCGACAUGUUCUUCAAACGAAUAAUGAAAAACAGCAAGCAAAGAGUUGUAGCCAAACAAGCUACCUCCAAACACAGAAAUCGGCCGCAAAAUUCACAUUAUAAAGUCAAGAAACCAGGUCAGAGUUUAGGAAAAGCCUCUGAAGUAACAAAUACCAUCACCGAACAAAUUUGAACCGUAUUAUUCUGUUUUUUA